GUGAGCAGCUCCAGGCAGGUAAGUGCNGGGGCGGCGAGCACGGCGGCGUUCUUCCUCUGCGAGGGGCUGCUGGGUCAGCACUUUGAUGUGGUCCCUGAUGGGGUGGCCAAGCCCCAACCUGGGGACCUCUUCCUCUUCCCACUGGCCUCAGGGGGCCCUGGCUGGUGGGGCGCCCACGCCGGUGUCUACUGCGGUGAUGGGGAGAUCAUCCACCUGGAAGGGACGUCCCCAUCGGGGAUUGUGGCCAAGCAUGGCAAAAGCCACCUCCUGCGGACGCGGGGUCCUGCCAAGGUGCUGCGGAGGAAGGGAGGGCUGGAUGCAGCUGCUCUGCAGCGGCGGAUCCGGGCAGCCAUGGACCAGGCGGUGGAGUACGACGCCAUCACCUGCAACUGCGUCCACUUCGCCCUCUCUCUGCUGGGGCUGGGCCAGCUCACCGGUGCCAUGAUGUUGAGCAGCUUUAGUUGGCAGAGGGAAUAUGAGGCACCCAAGUUUCUGCUGUUCAAGAGCAUCCCUGGGCAUGGGGAGGUCUUUGAGGAGGUAUCAGAGAGCAAGUUGCAGCCUAGCCACAUCUUGCGCUUCCCCUUAGACAUCAGCUCUGGCGUCCUCAGCAGCAGCGUCAAACAUGUGGCCGUCUACUGCGGGGAUGGAGAGGUCACACACUUCCAGAGAAAGUGCCUGACCCCCUACUCCUGUUUGGAAUGUGGUGGUGGUCGAAAGGUGUCCGGCAAUGUGAUGGCUGGCCUGGGGUGA